UAAACGGCUAGCGGACAGGUCAUCGAUAUUCAGACGUAGUCAGUCGAAGAGUUCAUUCCUAGAGACACCAUGAUGAAGUUCGCUUUGGCAGUUUUGGCGGUCCUGGCCGUCUCCAGCCCCCUGAAUGCCUACACAGUCCCCCGUACGGGCAAUGGUGCUCUCGCCGAUGAAUUCCAGGGUUUCGUGGACUUGUUGCCCUUGGACCAGAUAGUCGCAACCCUCCACAAAUACUUCGAGAGCGACCCUGAAUUAAAGGAAGUCCUCACCUACCUGCACUCGUCUGAAUUCUUGAGCCUGGUCGCCGACAUCGAGGCCCUCCCAGACGUCGUCAGCCUGUUCAACUACAUGCAGUUGGCUGGCGUGGACGAAUACUACCUGGUGAACAAAGCGAACGCGUUCCUUGGACUUCCAGCCUUACAACCACCAGCAACUCUCAUGAAUCUCAAGUCCGGUGGAGUUCGUGGUUUGAUCGACGAAAUCCACGCCUUGAUACCCGAAGCCAAGCUUUGGGCUCUGUACCGUCAGAAAAUGGCCAAUGCUCCAGUGUUCGCCCAAUACAUGGCUGUCCUGAGGUCUCCUGCAGCCCAGAGAAUCGUCGACGGUGUCACCUCCGACCCGAACUUCCCCGGUUUCCUAGCCCAUGCACUCAAAUACGGCGUUGAUGUCAACCAUGCUGUCGAUUUCAUUCAGCAAUUCUUCGGCGUCACUGUCCACCUCCCAAUGAAGUUCGCUUUGGUAGUUUUGGCGGUCCUGGCCGUCUCCAGCCCCCUGGAAGCUUACAAAUUCCCGCGCGCGGGCUCGGGCGCCCUCGCAGACGAACUCCAGGACUUCGUGGAUGCUAUUCCUCUCGACGAGAUGCUGGGCAUCUUCUUCCAAUAUCUCUUUGAGGACACGGAAUUCCAAACGUUUGUCACCUACAUGCGUUCCAAAGAAUUCACGACUCUGAUCAAGCACAUCGAGGACAUGCCCGAGGUCAUCGACCUGCUGAACUACGUGCAGAAGGCUGGCCUGGACAUCUACCUCAUGGUGAACAGAGGAAAUGACUUCCUCGGUCUUCCCAGACUCCAGGUCCCCAACGUGGCCGUGAACUUCAAGAUCACGGGAGGAAUCCGUGGCCUCCUCGACGAUAUCGAGGCCAUCUACCCCAAGCAGAAGGUGCACGAACUGUUCGAAUACAAAUUGGCCCACUCCAAGGUGUUCGCCGGCUUCUACGCUCGCUUGAGUGCGCCCUCGAUGCAAAAUGUCGCCAACGGUAUUUUAGCUGACCCGAACUGGAACGGUUUCUUCGACAAAAUCUCGAAAGCUGGGGUUAAUGUCGAGGACGCCAAGGAAUUCAUAGAGAAAUUCUUCCAUAAUACCGAAAGUCAGUCGUACUCAUCGAUAGGACCUGUCACGAUGCGUUUCACACUGGUAGCCCUAACGGCCUUGGUUGCUGUCGCAACCGUCAAUUGUCACUAUCUCCCAUCCUUCGGCGAGGGACCUCUCUACAAGGACAUCCAGUACUUCAUGGAUAUGAUCCCUCUGGAUGAAGUGAUGACGCUCACGCUUCAGUACGCCUCUGAGGAUGCCGAGUUCCAGGAACUUCUGAUGUACUUCGAGUCCUACGAUUUCAAGGAGUUGCUGACAGAAAUCGAAAAAAUCCCAGAGUUCCGCAACUUCGCAGCCUACCUGCAGAAGAACGGAGUGAACAUCAACAACGUGCUGAACGAAGUGAACAAACUCGCCGGCAUCCCAGCGUUCCAGCCAACCCUUCUGAAGAUCACAGGUGGGAUCAGGGGCUACUUCGACCAGGUGAAGGCGCUCGUCAACUACGACCUCUUUAUCCACGGUUACGUCUACAAGAUGAGGCACUCACCCGCGUUCCGCGACUUCGUCAGGGAACUGAAGGCCCCCAAUCACCAGAAAUUCAUCAAUACCUUGUACUCUAAUCAACGUUACCUGAAAUUCCGUAACAUGAUCAGCGUUAAGGGCAUCGACGUGGCUCUGAUCGAGGACAUUAUCUACACCGUUCUGGGCAUCGAGUUCCCCGAGCUCAAGAACUCCUUCGUGGUAUUCUCUAAGGACACGGGACUUGCCAAGGAUAUCCAUGACUUCGAGGCCCUCGUCGACAGGGAAAAGAUCUUGUCGAUCAUUCUCAGGUAUUUGGACGAUGACCAGGUUCAGGUAGCGAUUAAUGACAUGUACAGCGAGGAGUUCCACGAGUUGGUGCGCCAAGUCGAGGCCUUGAAGGCGUACCAAGACCUGGUUCUGUACCUGAAAGACGCUGGCUUGGAUAUCUUUAGUUUCCUGCAGAAGGUCCACAAGAUCUUCGGUAUGGAGGACUACGUGCCACCCAAGAGAGGUUUUGCGUAUAGAACUUACGCCAAUCGCGGCGGAAUGAAGGCCAUGCUGGACGAGAUCAUCGCUAUUCUUCCCAUGGAUCAGUUCAAGACCAUGUUCGACGAGAAGAUGAACAGUUCGCCAGAUUUCAAGAGCUUUAUCGAGAAACUCCGCUCACCGAACUUCCAGACCAUCGUUAAUGCUGUUUACAGUGCACCCAUCUUUCUGGAGAUGAGACAAAAGGCGCUCAACGAUGGCUUGGACCUUGCACCUGUUAAGCAGAUAUUCAAGGACAUAACUGGCGUUGAUUUGCCUACCGUUCCUUGAAUUGCGAAGCUUGUGGUAUUCAUGUACGCGAAAAUACUCAGAAAUGAUUCACAAUCGAUUUAUUUUAAUUAUUGUAUGUAAAGUUUGAUUGUUCUUAUGAUAUGUAAAAUUCGACUUUAUAGAUACUGUGUAUUUUACUUGUUGCAGGAACAAUUUGGUUCUUUUUAUGAUA